UUACACAACAAAGAAAUUGCCGAAAAAAAUGAUAAUGUUAACAUAAAACGUGAAUAAAACAGACUGAAUUUAUGUUAGUAGUGUAAAGACGUUAUAAAGGACAGAUUACUUGUGAAACACGGUUGACGUGUUGCGAAUUUGUCGAUUUAUCGACCUCCUUGUUUAUAUGUUUAGUAAACGGGGUUGUAUCUUUUUUUAGUGUUUGUUUUGCAAACAGAUUACGUACCCUCUGUUUAGUAAAUAAUUGAUUGGUGCUCGAUGAUCUUACGGGUGUGUAUGUGGUAAUGUGUAGUGCUGUAUAGUGCGGUAAGGCGGUCAGAAUGCGAUCGGGCGGUGGGCUUCGGCGGCUGGCGCUUUUGGUGCCUGUAGCAGUGAUGCUGGGCGGGUGGGCUUCUAGCGCUGACGCCGCAGAGUCCUUCCUGACCAGCAUCAGCCGCAACCUGCGUGCGGAGAUGUCGGGAGUCCUGGAAAUGGCCGUUGUGAAUUACUCGAAGCCAGUGUUGAACGCCACCUACACGGCGACUGUCGAGUUCGACAUGCGCGCCAUGGGGCCCAUCUACAACUCCACGCAUAUUGUCGUCGACGCCAUCGCGCACAAGGAUGCCUACCCUGAAGGUCUGAUAGUGGUGUCAGACGGGUUCGUGGAGCUCAAUGGAUCGUUGCGCGACGACUGGAGGACACUCCUGGCGCACUAUGCGGGCCCCGUCGCCAUCGUCGUGGUCGCCGCUUUGCUUGCCGCCAUACUGCCUCUGGCCGGAUUGUUCUGGUGCUGCUGCUACUGGUGCCGUGCGGGGCGACGACGAAGACCCUUCGACCGCAAAUACGACUCUUGCAUAAAAGCCCUUCUCGCCAUACUGCUCAUCGGGCUGCUCACGCUCUUCCUGUACGUAUACUUUCAGAUUGGACAAAUGCCGGACGUGUCCGAGUUGCUGAGCAACGUCACAGCUCUGCUCGAGUCGAAUAUCAAGGCGGAAGUGGAGGAUGGGCAGCAGGUGUUCCGCAAUAUCCAGCGCGAGAUACAACGCUCCAUCGACGAGGACAUUCCUUCGGUGCAGGAGCAAAUCUCCAAUACCGGUCGUCGACUUGAAGGCGUGGCUGACCAGAUCACGUACCUGGCCGGCAACGCGUCGGUGAAGCUGAAGCAGCAGUCGGCGGCCGCCGACACGCUACAGCAGCUGUACGAGCAGUACGGCCCGUACCGCAUGUACGCCACUCGCGCUACUGCCGCCGCUCUGCUCACUAUCCUGGUGGUGCUGGCGUGGGGCCUGAUGUGCGGUGUGUGUGGCAAGCGGCCCGACGUCUACGGCGCUUCCGACUGCUGCAACAAAGGCGCUGGCUCCUCUGCACUGCUCUGCGGUAUGGGGCUGAUGUUCGUGCUUGGCGGCGUGGUGUCGCUGGUGCUCCUGGUGUACUUCCUCGUCGGUGUGGCCGGCACACGAUUCGUCUGCGACCCGCUCACCGAGCCGCGCGGCAACCGCCUGUUCGCUGACGUGGAGAAGUUCGUGGAUCUGGAGCGCGCGCUGUUCAACGAGCGGUCGGACUCCGACUUCAAUCUCACCUCCGUGAUGUUACGGUGCCAUAACAAUGGGAGUAUCUACGAGGUGUUCCAGCUGCACCGGCUGUACGACCUGCAGGCCGUGAAGGCGGAGAUGUCGGCCGAGGUGGAGCGGCGCGUGGCGCAGCUGCGGCCCGCCUACGCGCCCGCCGCGCGCGCCACCAUCCUGCGCGACUCGGCCAAGCGCAAGCUGCGCCUGCUGGCCGACACCGGCCUCUCCGACUUCGACUUCGACCGCAUCCUGCAAGCGCUGGAAACGAACAUGACCUCUCUGGCGCUGGACUCUCUAUCCGCCCAGUUGGACAGUACGGGCCGCUCGCUUCAGGCGCGCCCCGGCUUCGAAGCCGUGGCCGUGCAGCUGCGCAACGCUUCGCAGCGCCUCUCCGCCUACCACGCUGACAUAGUGACGCCCAUGCUGCGCGACGCGGCGGCGCUGAACGCCACGGCGGCGCGCCUGCGCGACACGCUGCGCUUCAACCACUCGUCGCUGAAGGAGGCCAUCGCCUACCUGCUGGACGAGACCGCGCAGGCCGAGAACUUCCUCAACACGCAGGGGCCCGAUCUCAUACAGAACAUGACCCGCGAGUUCGCGGAGGUGGUGGCGACCAUGCUGGAAGAAUACCUGGAACGCGUGGUGGUGGCGGCCAACCAGGAGGUGGGCCGCUGCGGGCCGCUGUCCUCGGCCUUCAACGCCACGCGCGACGCCCACUGCCACAAGAUACUCAUGCCUGUGAAUGGUUACUGGAUGGCGCUGUCGUGGUGUGUGUUGUUGUUCGUGCCGGUGAUGGUGGUGGCGCAGCGGCUGGCGAGGCUCUACUUGCACGUCGACCCCUACCCCGGCCCGCUUGUUGAGGCCGAGUAUUUGUAUGACGCGUACGCGGACCGCGAUAACGUACCCCUUGCCAACGCCUACAAGGCAGAGAAGCGAACAUCGCGUGAGGCUCGGCGUGGCGGCAGCAGCGCGGGGGGCGGCGGGGAGGCGCGCGGGGAGAGACGCCAGGGGGCCACGCCCGCCGUGGCGGCGCCUCUCGACGCACACCACGCGCGCAGAUAUAAUGAUAUGGCGCCAAAGCACUGGGAAGAAGGCCCUCCCCGCUACCACGGGCCUACUGAGUACGAGCGCCCCCCGCCAUACUACUAUCCCGGACCAACUGAUAGACAGUAAACUGGCGCUAACGGAUCUCGACGACGACCUACUAAAGUACUGAGGCCUUUCCCCGCCACCCCAUCCUUCUUCAAAAACGUACAACGCAAAUAUGGAAACAGAGGAAAUUAUAAUAUUUUUACACUAACAUGCGUAUAAGCUGCUAUACUAUUAGGUGGCUCUUUAUAACUUGCGUGGAAAACUUGGGUCAUUUUAAAUCGUUCCGUCGUUCAUUGUUCACUCAUUCGUUCUUCCUCCGAUUGGCCAAAAUAUUUGUUUGAAAAUUGUCAAGAAAAUAGUCAAUGCAAUUCCAAUCUCCGCCUUUUUUGAACGAAUGAAUGAAUGAAAGUACGAAACGCCAUUUUGUUUGACCUGAAAUCAAUGUUGUGAAUAAAUAUUUACUGUAGAACCAUAUACAACUUAUAUUAAGGUAUAAAUUCCAAUGAUGUCAAAAAUUAUGAACUUUACAUUCGGCGACUUGAUUUACACUACUAGCACACGUAUGCGACGUAGGCUACUUAACAGUUCAACACAGUUUAAAGUCGCCAUAUGUAAAUGACUAGUUGUAAUCAAUGUUAUUCAAGUAAUUUAAAUAUUACUUUAUACUAUUAGUGCUAUAAGUCUGGAGUUAGGUCUCAGUCACAGUAACUGCCAUAUUUUGAUUGGCCAAAAGUUUCGGCUCAAAGUUGCUAGGGUAAGGGCUCUUCCUAGGAAGAGCUCGUUUGGCUUUAAAUCUUUUCAGAAGUUAAUACUUUAUAUUGUUUAUUAGUAGCGGGAGUGCCGCACAAAUUUCAUUUCUAUAUCUCAGAGAUUCUGUUUUAUUGUAGCUUAUUAGAAAUUCUUUAGAGUAAUAUUGGUACUUCUUCGCGUUUUCGUAUAGUGUCUCAAUACACGUGGAAACGAAAGGGGUUAUAAGUAGUAAAUACCACUCGUUCAUCACGUUAACCAUCACGGCGACGAGAUUGUAAUGCAUUUAUAUUUAAAUUAGAGUUACGAAUUUUACUCUUUAUUAAUCUAAGUAACUUAAGUAGAAAGGACUGCGGUAAGGACGCUAUGCCAAACUCAAUUCAUUACACAUUAAUUAAGUUUCUAUAUAUUCUAGCCAGCGUGAAAGAAGCUUUAUAUUCCUUUAUUUGUAUAAAAUUUUUAAAUGAAACAAUAAUUUUUUCGUAACAUUCAGUGUUAAAUUUUUUAGAGUAACUUUCACGCUUAGCAUAAAUUAUAUUAGUUAAUUAAAUAAUUUUGGUUAGUGCUAGUCUACUUACACUAGCCGUUACGUCAUAUCUUAUUUUAGUUAAAAUUUGUGAUUAUCCAAUUUAGUUAAUUGUAAUUUUAAUAAUUUUUAAACUAGCUACGUUUUUUAAUUGUUGACAUGACUGCGAGCGAAGUGCAAACGUCUUUUUGGUGUAUUGUAAAAUGUGUCAUAUGUACUCGUUAGUUAGGCCCUUUUUCAAUUAUUCAUGUCUAAUGCCAAAUAACAUUUAUAAGAUAGGAUUUGGUUGGGUCCCAGUAAUAUUGUUUUAAAUGUCUAUGGUGCUUAUUUCGAUGAAAUGACUUGGUUAUUUUUUUCGUGUAGCGGUAUACGUUACAAAAAGGAGCGAACGUUGAGAGUCAAACUCCAGUUGUUAAGCACGGAGUACCGCGCUCAUACUAAGUUCGGGCUCCAAAAAUUUGCAUAGAAAACAAAGCUAUUAAUUAGUAUGAUGCGCUUGCUGGGGCGUGAUGGCAAAUGAGGUUUGAGGUUUAGGCGACAGAAUCUUCGAGAUUUUUUCCGUGCUUUUAUGGAAAAUGCAAACAUGUAUGAUAAUGUAUAAAACAACGAGUUUUGCCGAAUAAAACGGAGAAAUGCUAAAGUCACGUGUUAUGCUUAUUUCAGUGAAUUCAGAACUUUAAAAGGCUCCUCUGUAAACUUGGCAAUUUCGACAUACGAUACGUUACGUUGGGAGAGGUUGAGAUAUAUAUUCUUGCAAUUUUCUAAUACAGGAAAAUCUGAAGAACUGUUCUAUCGCCGCGUGCGCUGGGUCUGUAGACACCUUUGAUCUCUUGCUGACUGCACUGUCUUCCCGCCUCGUUUACAAUUUACAUUUUUAUUGAGAAAACCCUUUACUCUUACUAUAAAAUUUUCUGCUCACUUUAUCCUAGACUCGAAUUUACACUGUUGAGUUUAGAACUUUUUGUAGAAUCCUUUUUUGUAAGGGAUUUUUAAUUGUUAGUUAAAAUUCGGAGCAAAAUUACCUAGUAAGUUAAUGCAAAAAGAACCGAAAUAAAAAUUGAUCUCUGUCAUGUGGAUUGUAGUGAAUAAAAUUAAUGAAUGUGUUAUAUGCAUACGAGUGUAGUAAUGUAAUAUUGCUUGUGAAUUUUUACAACAAAAUUGAUACAUGAAGCUGUAACCGCUGCUCAAUUGUUGUGCGGUUCUAUGCGCUCGAAGCAACCGGGGCUCUUGCUCCGCGUUUAGUAAUUAUAAAAGUCACGAAUAAAUUGCUCCACGCGCGUACUAUCUGUGGUACUAGAGUUGUGUCUAACGCACCCACAAUAAAUGUGUCUAAAGACCUUACAUGCGGUUGAUACGCAUUCGUAGUAGAUACGCGUGCGGAGCAAAAUUUGCGUGCAGGAAAAAGGCCGUUAUUGUUUUAAAAUUUAUUUAUUUAUUCUCUACGUAGAGAAUGGCAGAGCGAUGGUUGUAUAGCACGUUAAAGAUCGAUCUAGGCAUAAUGGUUCAUACGUAUUAGAGUUCUAGGUUCAUGGCUGGAAGUGGUACAUA